AUUGUGAUGUGGAAGUUUCGUCAUUGUGCAAUUUCACGAUGGGAAGCAAGACCAGCAAACCGAUCGUCGAAGGCCAAGCCGCAUCGCGCACCGACUCCAAGACAGUCGUGGCCUCGCCAGGUGGCGACAACACCGGCGGCGGCGCGUCCUUCCAAACGUCCAAUCGAAAAUGCACCGACAUUCUAUGCACGCUCCUCUUUGUCGUGUUUUGGGCUGGCAUGAUCGCCAUCUCCGUCGUCGCGUUCACGCGCGGCAAGCCCGAACGCUUGGCGUAUGGUAUGGACUUCAAGGGGCGCGUGUGUGGUACGUCUGGCACGACCCCCGGUGCGACCGCCGCGCCGUAUGAUUUGACUGCGUACAAGUACCUGGCGUUCCCGCGUCUCGCGCAGGACCUAAACGCGAUUGCACUUGACCCGAACUUCACCCCCACGGACCCCAACAACUUGAAGAAACUCUACGGCGUGUGCGUGGCCAGCUGCCCCACCAGCCGCACGGACACCGGUGCCCCGCAGUACGUCCACUCGUUGGUGUCGUACGGCACCGCGGGGGCCGACGCCGUGUCGGCUCGCAAUGCCUCGUACGGCGCGGCGCUCGAAGACACGACGGCUGGCUCCCCCUUUCGCGUGUUCGUCAACACGUCCAACGUGCUGUUUCGGUGCUUGGAGAUUCCGUCGGAAACCAAGGUCAGCUAUGUGCGAUGCGUCGACGACUGCACGGCGGGGUCGGACCCGACCAUGUGUGGCUCGAACGCGACGUUCUUUCCUUGUGGCGCCAAGGGGUGCACGGCGUACGCUACUGCCAACCUGCCAACCUGCAUGAACCUCCAGACGAAAUCGGAGACGUACAUGACGUCGAGCGCAAACAACUCGCCCGUGUUUGACUCGCUCACGUCGGGAUGGUUCAUGGUGGCGCAGUGGAUUGGCGACAUCCAAAAGGCCGCGGGGCCGAUUCUCAUCUGCGGCGUCGCCGUCGCGCUCGUCCUUGGGUUUGUGUGGCUGUUCUGCCUCCGGUAUUGCGCUGGGUUCUUUGUGUGGCUCACGAUUCUGCUCGUCGUCGCCAUCUUGCUCGUCGCGACGUUUUUCCUGGCCUACAAAGGCGAGCUUCUCAACAACAGCAUGAUUGCAUCCAACUUGGCCAUGACAGGGAUGUCGGCGGACGCGAUCACGGAGCUGACGACGGACCUGACGUCGGCAUCGGCGGCCGUGAACUUUGCCGCCGCCCAAGUCAAGUACUGGAAGUACGCGGCGUACAUCUUCAUCGGCGUCGACGUGCUCGUGCUGCUCGUGCUCAUCUUCAUGUGCAGCCGCAUCCAAAUCGCAGUUGGCAUCAUCCGCGAAGCGUCCAAAGCGAUCGGCCGCAUGCCGUUCCUGGUGUUGUUCCCGCUCGUGCCAGUGGUGUCCAUCACGGCAUUCGUCAUCUACUGGAUCAUCGCCGCCGCCUUCUUGGCCACCGCCGGCAAGGUGUCGGUCGUGGACGUCGCGGCGACUGUGAAUGUCGCCAACGCCACCACCACCGCCAACCAGCUGCUGCUCGAGCAACAGUAUUCAUUCCAAGACGACAACGUGCUCAACUACCUCCUAGCGUAUCACGUGUUUGGAUUCCUAUGGACGGCGCAGUUCUUGCAAGCUGUGGGGUACACGACCAUGGCUGGCGCCGUGUGCGAAUACUACUGGACCCUCAACAAAUCCACGAUGGGGCGGGUGCCCAUCUUGCGGUCGUUCUACCGGACGUUGCGCUACCACUUGGGGUCGAUCGCGUUCGGGUCGUUGAUCAUUGCCAUCAUUCAGUUUAUUCGGCUCGUGUUGGAGUACGUGGACCAGAAGCUCAAGACGGCGCAAAAGGGAAACACCAUGGUCAAAGUCGCUAUGUGCGCGUUCAAGUGCUGUUUGUGGUGCUUUGAAAAGUGCAUGAAGUUCCUCAACAAGAACGCGUACAUCAUGGUUGCGAUGAAAGGCACGUCGUUCUGCUCGGCCAUGAAGGAAUCGUUCGGGCUAAUCCUGGCCAACGCCGCGCGCGUCGCCACCGUGAGCAUCGUGUCCAUGUUCCUCAUCCUCCUCGGCAAGAUCUUCAUCACGAGCUUCUGCUGCAUGAUGCUGUUCCUAUUCCUAAGCCAUCCGCCCGCCGGCCUGCCGUCAUUUUUCACCGACAACUUGGACAACUUGAGCAGCCCCGUGUUUCCGCUGCUCGUGUGUGGCCUCUUGUCGUUUACGAUCGCGUCCUUCUUCCUCGACGUGUACGAGACUGCCAUCGACACGAUUCUGCUGUGCUUUUGCGAAGACUGCAAGGUCAACCAAGCGUCCGGCACGUACUUCAUGUCGGACGAACUCUUGGCGUAUGUGGAUGGCGCGGCCAAGAAGCACGCGUUCGACCACUUCAAACAAGUCGAAGCAUGAUUAGACAAAGAUGGCUGCAUUUACAUACUAAUUACAACGUUGUGUGAACACUACUAGUACA